GACGCAAACUCGCUCUUCACCGCAGUGUAAAGUGACUAUUGCAAAACAACUCCAGUACCCGGAGAACAGAGAAAAGCAGUUGCGUAACUUCUCAUCGCCGGGAAGAGGACGGAGGACGCGACAGACGCCGGCAACGCAUCCCGAUUUCAGGACUCUCAGGUGAUAUGGCAACUCUAAGGAAUCUGAAAAUCAAGACUGGGACUUGUAAACGCCUCGUUAAGGAGUUUCAUUCUUAUGAGAAAGAGGUUGGGAGAGAGGCUGCGAAAACAGCAGACAUGAAGGGGAAAGGAGCUGAUCCUUAUGACCUCAAGCAACAGGAAAAUGUGCUGGCUGAAUCAAGGAUGAUGAUUCCCGAUUGUCGAAAGCGCCUGGAGGCCUCACUAGCUGAGUUAAAAGGAACUUUGGCUGAGUUGGAAGAAGAGUUGAACCAGAAGGAAGGCCCUGAAAUUGAAGAAGCUCGGACCAUUAUUGCAGAAGUUGAUAAGUUGUUCCAGACAACAGAAGCCUAGUCUUCCAGCCUUUGUAACAGUUACUAACUUUCCAUGGUUUUCAAUCUGCGCAGACUCUGUGUGCCCCUAACAAAGGGAGACAAUGAACAUGAUGCAGUGUUGCCUUGCCAUUGUGUUCCAAGGAAUCUUACUCUCCUGCCUGUAUUGCUACUUUAAGCAUAUGUACUGAACUGAAAUUUCCUGGGUGUUCACUUUCGGUUCCCAUUGACAAUCUUGAAAUCUCAAUAUCCCAAUCUUGGAUUUAA